AUGGGUGGUUGGCAAUUUGGCAACAGUGGAACAGUUUCACCGAUUUCAAUUGUGAUGAAGAGCGGCAAUAGAAAAGGACAGUUUCCUCUAAUAAAUCUUACUAUAAGAUGGUUGAAAAAGACUCAGUUUUGGAACGAUUCACCUGGAAAAUCAUUUCCGACUGUGGGUUUGAUCAUUGUUGUAAGCUAUCCAGUUAUUUGGAUUGUUCCGAGCUGGCUGUUUACAAUGACUGCACAACCUAGUCUCACUAGUUUGAUAAAGGCAGCCAAUGAACAGAUUGUGUUUUGCUCUAUAUUCUUCAAGUUUUGUGUUUUUGCGUUGAAUUUUCGUCGUUGGGAGACAUUGUUUUACGAUCUACAACGUGCCUACAGCUUGGUGAUGGACGAUAUGGAUCUGGAUGUUCAACGAAUUUUAGGACAUGUGGAAAAGUCGGCAUACCAUCUGACCAAGUGGUACGGUUUCGGGAUUACUUUUAGCUGUUGUGUGUACGGAACGUUACCAAUGUUGUUCGUAGCGAUAAAAUACGCGGCUACAGGAUCGUAUAAUGUACCACUUUCGACCCCGAUCGAGGCAAAUUAUUUUAUCCCUGGAUACCGUACGAACUUCUGGAUCUGGUUUCCGCUUGACGUUGUGCUCAGUGCAACGUUAGUGCUAAAUGGGGCAACAUUAUUUUCAAUCGAAUGCUUCACAUGGAACCUUGUCCACGCAACAUCAUGCUUGUUUAGAGUUCUACAAAUUCAAGCAAACCAGCUUUCGAAUGGAAAAAUCGUGUGUGAAGAUGAGUGGGCUGACAAAUUUUCGCGCUUUGUAAAUCUUCAUGAGCUGGUGCUACGCUCAGCUCAAACACUAGAGGAUAUCCUGGGAAUCCAGAUGCUAUUUAUAUAUUUAACGACCGUUUUCGAACUGUGUCUAAUAAUGACUGUGCUGUCUUUGGCUUUUAAGGACUUGUAUCUGUUAACAACGAUGCUCUGCGUUAUCGGCCACUGUCUUUUUCAAAGCUUUUCCUUCUCUUAUCUGGGUACCGAGCUCAUAGAAGAAAGUGAAACCGUGGCACAGGCCAUUUUUCACAGCACAUGGUAUGACCAGAGUGUGAAAAGACAGAAAGACCUUUGCUUCGAGCUUAUGCGUGCCAAGAAACCGGUUAGUCUAACUGCGGGGAAAUUUUUCAUCGUGCAACGUGAAUCUUUCACGCAGGUGAUUAAACAGGCGUACACCAUUUUUACACUGAUGUCCCAGUUUCUGGAUAAUAAUGUCAAUUAA